CGGAUCGGUGCGUCGGUUGUUUGUACGGAUCGAAUUGGAUCGGUGGGAAAGCGAGAGAGUGAAGGGGGUGCACAGCAUGGAAAUUCAAUUAAAAAUCUGAAAACUAUCCCUCAGUGCGAAUCAGAAAGCGAUCCGUGAUCGCCAGCCGAGCGGUAAAUCAGCCAAAGGUAGGGGAGCAGAGGAGGGUGACCAUGUCGAGUAGGCGGGCCCAAUCUUUGCCGGCGCACAUGUUGGAGCCAGCGAAGCCGGAACGCGGACGUUGUGUGGCUGCCAUCUGCUUCUCGUGGAAGGUGCUCACCUGCAUUGUGUCCCACGUACUGCUCGUGCUCCUCGUCGUUUCCUAUUGCGUGGGCGGCGCCUAUCUCUUCCAGCACCUCGAAAAACCCCACGAACUGGAUGUGAAGCGUGAUAUACAGAAUCUGCGCUUCAAUCUCACGGAGAAUAUCUGGGUUCUAUCAUACGAUGCCUCGUACCUCAGUGAAAGCGAUUGGAUAGCUAAUGUUAGCAAACAUCUGGCCAACUUCGAGAAACAAAUCCUAACGGCCAUCAAGGCAGAUGGUUGGGAUGGCGACGAGGAUCUGCGGAAAUCUCAAUGGACCUUCGCUGGAUCUCUGUUCUACUCCAUCAUAGUGAUAACUACCAUAGGCUAUGGCCACAUAUCGCCGCGCACGGAUUGGGGCAAGGUGACAACGAUUUUCUACGCCAUUGUGGGCAUUCCGCUGAUGCUCAUCUGCCUGUCCAACAUUGGAGAUGUCAUGGCCACAUCAUUCCGGUUUCUAUACUGGAGAAUUUGUUGCUAUGUGUGCACCCGCACGGCUAAGCGACCAAGGAAUGCCCGAUCCCGGCAGAGAUCGAUGCGCUCGCAGCGACAAGCCCGUUCCCAGCCGCCACCCUCCUUCCGGCGUUCCAUGAAGAUGACGCAGCGGUCGGGAAAUGACUCCGGACUGGGUCCCUCAAUGGGGCAUGCCUACUCCGAUCCCGAACUGCGCACCAUGGGCAGGGGUUACGACGAUCGGGAGUUUGGCCAUCGCAGCAGUGGAGGUGGACGUAAUCGACGUCAGCAACAGCAGCAUCCACAUCACGAUCCUCGCCAGCGGCACACCAUUUAUGGGGAUGAGUACGAAACCCAGACCCUGAAUCGCUCCAAUCGCUACAGCAGUCGACAGAGGCAGCGGGAUCGGAUGAGGGACAGGCACACGGUGGAAAGGGAGCGCUAUUCCCGGUCCCAUUUGGAUGCUGGAUCUAUUGAGGACUUUGGUGACAUGCCACCUCCUGCUAAAAGAGCCGCCAGUGUGCGUUCCGUUCGAUCGCCUCACCAUCAGGAGCCUUCGAAAGCUUCCAGGGAACUACAUCGUCUGCACUCGGCUCCUGGGAGGAGUAGAGCCAAGUCAGUGGACCCCAGGCACGUGUCUUCGCAUUACGAAGAUGUGGAUGAGGAUGUGGUGAGGAAAACGCCCAUCAUACCGAAUAGGUAUGCAUUAGAUGACUUCGGUGGCGGAGGCAAUAAAAGACACCAAGCGCCAAGGAGUCAAUCCAUGCCGAGAUCUGCUCACCAGAGGCAACGCCAGAGGGAUCGUGAAAGGGAGCGAUCUCCACAACCGCCACCUCACAGUUCACAACGCCAAAGCAAUGGCAGAAGAGCUGGAAGUCUGGGCAGACAAUCCUCUCGUUAUGGCAAUCAUCUAGAGCUACCCGACUACGACGCUCCACCGCCAGGACGGGAUCAUCGUCGGGAUAGACGUGGUCACUCCCAAGGACGCUACGAGGAUUAUGUGGAGGAGAGCUUCGAUGAAGGUUCGCUUUACGGGGAUGACUACGAGGAUUACCCGACCGAACGCCAUCGCUCCAGAAGUCGUGAGCCAAGAAGAAAUCGCCGAAGAGAACGAACAGAACGUUUGCCUCCAUCCCCGAGGAUCAUGUCACCAAUGGGUUUUCCGGUUCAGCGGCAAAUCCGUCGGCGGCCCAGCUACGAUUGCGAUGAAGAUGACUCUAUGUACGGGGAUGAGUAUGGGGACUAUGGAGAUUUGCUGCCCAAGGAUCGCCCCGUGCCCAUUUGGUUGUGCGUCUUUUUGGUGGUUAGCUAUAUUCUCGGAGGAGCUGUUCUGUUUGCCUACUGGGAAAACUGGUCUUUUCUGGACUCCGCCUACUUCUGUUUCAUCACGCUGACCACGAUUGGAUUUGGCGACUUUGUGCCAGCAAAAGGUGUCAAAGAUGAAUCGGAGCAGUCGAUUGCCUAUUGUUCGCUAUAUCUUCUCUUCGGCAUUGCUCUAUUGGCCAUGAGCUUUAAUCUUGUCCAGGAGGAGUUCAUUGCCAAUGUCAAGGAGGUGGCCCGUCGGCUGGGCAUUCUCAAAGAUGAUGACGAUGAGCACGAUGAGGAUUAGCAGUAGGUAAUUAGGUUAUUAAAAAAAAACACUUUUAUGUCAUUUACAUUUUGUAAAUGAAACUUUUCGAUUUUAAAAUAUAUAAGCUUAACAAUAUGGUUAUAUAACUUAAAAAUGUUUAAGAGUGAAAAUGAAACAAGUAUAAAUUUACCAAUGAGAUUAUGUUAUGUUCAGCAAAAGAAAUAUAACAUUGUAUUAAAUCUAAAUUUAUUGAUUUAGAGGCUCGUAAACUUUAAAGAACAGAUUUUACUUUAAUAAACCGAUAAGUUUUGUGAACUUUAUAUAAAACGCACAAGAAUACGAGGUUGAACGAAAUCAUUAAGGAGUUGUUUAAAUUACUUAUCGAACUUUAAGAAAAACCUUUAUCCGAUGCCCUUUGUAAUACUUAUACAAGCUUACUAAAUCUUGAACUGGCAGUCGAACCGACGUGGCAAGGUUUUGUUAACUUUACAUAGCAUACUAAGUUUAUUUAAAUAAUAAAUGUACGAAAUUCCAAAGAUUGAUAUACAGAUAAAAAAGAAUAUCCAGAAGAGCCAAACAAACAAAACGAUCCGGAUUCCACUAACAUAAACGAGUUACUGGGUUGAGUACUAUAGUCAUCGAUGCAAUCAGGCCACGUUUUCUUUAUUGUGCUAAAAUUAUUGAAAAUAAACGAUAUGAUUUUUUAUCCGAGA